ACGGGUAUAGGUACAUGUAGGGCUCCAGCAUGGUAGGCACAAGUACAUUGAAGCCGCUACUGUCCAACAGCAUCUCGUCAUUGAUGCCACAAGCAGCGAUAUGCCUGCUUUUGCUAGAAACUCAUCUCAAACGACGCUGCUCCUUGCGAUGCACCCAUUAUCAUGCGCCUCAGAGCUUAUCAACCUCCUCUAUGGCACCAACCCCGACUUGAGGAAAUACUACCAAUCGAAUCUAAGCAAAACCCGGUACCCUCCUGUGUCUAUCUAUAGAGCGCCUUGGGGGCACUCAAAUUACACAAGGGCAUACGAGUAUCUAUAAAAAACCGAGGCGUACAGUUAUUCAUUAGCAUGUUUAAUUGGACACCUGAUAUCAUGACUUAAUUUCAAGACAACACGCCACUCCAUCUCAGGCCGCUCUUUUCAGACUGGCUGG